ACUGCUGUCAAACUUCAUCUGGUGUCAAUACAUUGUGUUUUGAACAUUUUAGGUUAACUAAGAUACACAUUUAUUGUUUAACAUAUUUCAUCAAAGAAAAAAUAUAUAAAUAUGGCUAAGAAACGAAAUAAAAAUAUAGACAAAAAAAAGAAAAUUAAUCUAGUGUUUGAUGAAGCAAAGCGAAAGGACUAUCUAUGUGGAUUUCGGAAAAGAAAGCUAGAGAAGAAGAAAGCUCAAGAAGAAAUACAACGUCUGUUAAAAGAAGAGAAGCGGAGAAUAAAACAAGAGAACAAAGAAUCUUAUAAAAAGCUUGUUGUUUCAAGCCGGCCCAUCCCCGACAUAGAACAAUUGCUUCAAGAAGAGUAUGAAGAUGACGAUGUUAAUGUUAAAAUUGUCGAACUUUCGACAGAAACCCUUCAAAAGAAAGAUAUCGUUAUAGGAGAGAAUAGACCUAAAGAAAUUGUAGAGAAAAAGCAGAAUAAACAACAAGUAAAAAAUAACAUGGAUAUUAUUCCUGGCAUGGACACACAAGAGGAAGAUGAUGAAACAGGUGAAGGGGACGAAAACACAGACGGUGAUGACCAAUUAAAAUCUAAAAAGGAGGUAAAAAAACUAUUGAAAAGACAGGCAACAAAGAAAUUACAGAAAAGUAAAGUAUUCCAAAUGAAAUCCAAACUAGACAGAAUACAGAACAAGAAAUCACAGAAGAAAAAGGCCAAGACUGAACAAAGGAAAGAGAAAUCUAAAAAGAAAAACCACAGGAAGAAGCAUUGAUUUUAUAUUGAAGUUAAAUUCUUAUAUAACAAUAAGUAAAUCGUAACACAACA